AUGGGGACGAGUGACAACGAAAAUUUAGCAGAAGAAAUGGAGAUGACUAACAGUGACGAUGAUAUUGGUGGGGAGGCACAUGAAUUACAUGAAGAAGAGCAGGAUGAAAUGCUUGAAAAUAUCGAGUCUGAUAAAAAUAUCGAAGUAGAUGGAAAUAAUCUAAAAAUUGGUACUUUUGUGGUGGUCCAAUUUCUUACAAAAAAAACCGUUAAACAUUUCAUCGGAAUUAUAGUAGUAAUAAACGACGACAAUACAUACUGCACCUUAAGUAUAUACCUUUUUAAAAUGCAGUCUAAACAAUCUCUUAACGAUUUUCCAAAAAUUAGCUUAAACCUUAAAAAUUCGGCAUUAAGUGCUCUUAAGGCGUUGCAUGUUGUCGCGUACGGGGAUAAAGGGUUACCGCGACAAACUAGGAAGAAUUUGCGAAAUUUUACAAAUUUUGCGUGGGAUAAAGAAUCCCAGGAAUAUUCCACAAAAUUAGACGACAUUAAAAACAAACUAAGUAUGCCGGACUUAGUAGCAGUUUGCAGUGUUUUAGAUCUGAACUACACUGGUUCAGAAGAUGACGUGAUUGAACGUAUUUGUUCAUUUUUGAACGACUUCAAUCUUGAAGACGAGAAUGACGAUGAAGACGAAGUCGCUAGCGAUGAUGACGGUGAUAAAGACGUUUAUCACGGGGAAAACGGUAAAGACGUUACCGAAGACGAUCGCUAUAAUGAAGAUAACGACGCAAAUAGUGAUAAAGACGCUUAUCACGAUGAAGAAGGUAAAGACGUUACCGACGACGAUAAUAAUGAUGACGAUAUGGAUGAUGAAAGGACGACGGAUUUAUUUACGAGGAAUAGAUCAAAAUCAAACAAAAUGACAUGA